CCGAAACAAACAAUGCAAUAAUUACUUAAUUAGUGCGGUGAGGAGUUACACUUGACGAUGGAUUCUGAAAGCCAUCUUAAUGUUCAGAAAGGAGAGAAGGAGAAUGACAAACUCCUUCACCAGACUGAGUUGAGCCCUGGUGGUAACUAUGGUGUUGGGGACAUGGGUGAAAAGGCACCCCUGGAGGCUGGACAAAGUCUCGAAGGCGACAGCCUGAAUUCCUCCUUCGCAAACCGCUCAGGGUCGCAAAAAACUGGCAAAGAGGCAUAUCUAAAGAGUUUGGCGGAAGAAGAUGCCCCACAGGCUACGUGUAAGAAGAAGGCAUUGAAAGUUGUAGUCACUGUACUGUUCAUUCUGAUUGUCAUUGGUAGUAUUAUCAUAUGGACAGUCCACGAAGGUAGGCCGAAAAAACACAUUGGAAACAAGUACUUUGACUUUAUUCCAAAGAAACGGGUAUUAGAUGUUUACAAUGAAAAAGAUGAUAUUGUUUUCUCAGGGAUAAUUCGUGUCAGUGAUUUUGAAGUGGGUGCAUUGAAAAAGUGCUAUGACAUGGAGAUGCAGAAUGAUUUUUGUUAUAUAUUUGACGAUGGUCCCAUUUUUAAGUUCAGGCCGUAUGACUUGAACCCAAGCGUACACUGCAUUGAUUUGAUGUGGGAGAAUUUAAAGUCUUAUUCACCCACAGAUUGUUUCAACAUCGGGCACUCGUUUUGGUAUGGAAUUCCGAACUUCAAAGGUGGGUUUUGGCCCCUUAUUCCGGACCAGAUAUCAAUUGACAGUCUGUCAUACAUGCCUUUCAGCAAGGAAAUUACUGGGCAUAUCUUGGAGAAGUUAUGGAUCAGUGCCAUUGGUACAGCAGUUAUCUCUCAUGAAAAUAUUCCAAUUUCAGUGAGUUUUAACAGUGGAAAUGACAAGACAUUGUGUAUUCAAAUGGACCAAAAAGGGUCCCCUAUUGAUCCCUUGACAAGUUUUAAUUAUUCGGUCUGCGUUGGACCAGAUAUCCAGACAACAUGGCUUAACGUUAGAAAUGCAUAUUUCCCACGCUCGCCCAAUGUUGAUCUUCAGAAAUCCAACUUAGCGGGGAUACUAUGGAAGUACGAGACAAAGAAUGGUCUUCCUUCUGAUACAUUUGGCAACUUCUUACACGACCUGAAUUCACUGGGUGUGUCUAUUCCCGCUGUUCAGUACAACAUGGGCUGGCAGAAUGGUGUUGGGGACAUAAAAUUCAAUGAGCAAACUAGGAAAAUUAUGAUGCAGUUUUUAAAAGGGAAAUACUCCUCUUCAAAAUUGUUUCUGCCGAUAAAUCUUGCCUGCUCGUAUAUGUCCGACAAUUUCAAACGUGGAGCAGGGGACAAACUUUUUGCAAACGACAGGCAGACAGGAGCUCUGAAAGCCAUACUCUACGAUGGAGAGAGUUGUGCCGUAUGGGAUACCACCAAUCCAGAUACGCGAGCAUUUCUUAAAGAAGCAUUCGGCAUUUUGCAACAAGCCGGAACCCAAGAACAGACUGAGUAUCCUCAAGGAUUUGAAUUCCGAGCGAGCAUCAGCAAUAAAGCAUUCCCAGUGGAUCUUUUCGAGAAUACAACUGAUUUGAAUGCAAUUAACUUGCACUUUGUAGACUUUUUGGCAACGUUAAACAAAACGGUUCUUCUUGAAACAGCAUAUCGUAUGCAAAACCGCUCAGUCUUUGUUCAGGUUCCCACGUUAGUUGCCAAUAAGGAAGGACGUAAAUGUCUUGAUUAUGUAAUACCAGCGUCGCUCACUGCAGGUAUCCAUGGUUACCCAUACGUGAUGACCUUAGCGCCAUCAGAAGACCAGGUGGAUCAUGAACUCUAUGUCCGUUGGUUACAACUUGCAGUGUUCUUUCCUGCACUGAAAGUAACAAAUGCUGCUCUUCGAUUCAACUCUGUUGUUACUGAAGUUUUGAGGGAGAUUUCAGAAUAUCGCACCAGUUUUGUGUACCCAUUGUUGACGGAAACCAUUCAGGAUGUAGAACUUGGAUACCCGAUUAUUCGACCUAUGUGGUGGGUCGAGCCAACAGAUUAUAAAACCUACACGAUUGACGACCAGUUCUUGCUCGGUAACAAGACAUUAGUGGCCCCAGUUCUCUGCAUAGGGGCUCGUAAAAGGGACAUUUAUCUGCCCAAGGGUGUCUGGAAACAUGGAGGGUCAGGGGCUCAGUACCCUGGUAACCAAUGGUUACGGGAUUUUCCAGUGGAUUUAAAAGACAUGCCAGUGUUUACCCUAGAGGAUGAAUAUUCUUUGCAACAGAAUGAUACUUCAACAUCAAGUAAUUAGGUUCUAGUUUUUAGUCCCUUUCAGUUGUAACCAGAGAAUACAAUAGGAUAACGUCAGUGUGUCCAUCUGUCUGUCUGUCCGUCCAUACAAAUCUUGAUCCUGCGAUUACUCAAAAAGAACUGAAGUUAGGUCAAUGAAACGAAGUAUGUGGAUACAGGGCUAUGUGGGAAAUAUGAACAUUAUUUCAAAGUGAUUAAGAUUGCAGGUCAGCUAAAGCAGACAGCUGUCUUUAAUGUUCCAAGAUUGAAACAUCGGUUGUGGAUAGAGGGCAAUAUGGGAAAUAUACAGGUUAUUUCAGUUUUAUAUGUCUGUCAAUCCAUUUGUCUGUCCAGAAAUUCUGGAUCUUGCGAUAACUCAAAAAGUAUGUAAGCUACAUGUAAGUUGAGAACACACAAAAUAUCACAAGAUGGUUAUGUGUAUGUUAUUUCAGAUUUUUUUUUGUCAAGCAAUAAGUGUGGUUGCUAUGUUACAGAAAUAAGUGAAAACUAAAAGCUGGAUCAAGGGACAUAAUUAUGGUGAAUAUGAAUGUUAAUUAAGAUUUUUUUCUGAGGCCAUGAUUAUAUAGUUUUGAUUGUGGUUUCUAUGGUUAAAGAAAUAAUUGAAAACUUGAAUCUGCAUCCUGCCAUAAUUAAAAAGUACUUAAGAUUGGUUAAUAAACUUUCCAUACUGGCAAUAUUUACCAAUUUGGGGACUGCUGUUUGAUAUGUGACCACUGUUUGAUGUGACCAAAGUGUUUUGAAUUUGGUAGUAGUGCUAAUUUCGUUAAAUUUUAAUAUAUUUAAGUGAUAUAUUGUGUGUUUACUUAACAAUAAAUGUGUAGAUUUCAAUCAAUUAUUUGAUUACAAAACGUUUAAAAGCCAUCGGGUCUUGCAUUAAUAUUUGAAAACUUUAGAAUUUAUUAAUGUUGUAAGUUGUAUAUUUAGUGGUAUAACAAUAUGUGAAUUUUUCUCUCCAGUCCUUGAUAAUACUCCUGGACUCAUUUUUUAGCGAGGCUGUUUUCGGAGAAAACCCGAGCUAUUGUCAUAGCCAGCUCGUCCUCCGAUGUCCAACGUCUGCGGUAGGUGUCGUGCUAAAACCUUAACAUUGGCCAUAACUUUUUAAAUAUUGGAGAUAGCACCUUGAUAUUUGGCAUGCAUGUGUAUCUCAUGGAGCUGCACAUUUUGAGUGGUAAAAUUUCAAGGUGAACAUCAUCCUACAAGGUCUAGGGUUGAAAAAACAAAGUCAAGGGAAGUAAUAAGCUUUAAAUGGACAUAGUUAUCUGACCAGCCCACGUAUAUAUUUUUGUUAAAUAAAUCAAAGCGGCGCAGUAGGCGGCAUUGUGUUUCUGACAAUUGCAUUGUGGUAAAAGGUCAAGGUCAUCCUUUACGGUCUUUGGUAAAAAAUACAGAUUUAAGGGAAGUAAUAAGCUUUUAAAAGGGAGAAAAUGAUUCAAUAUUGAACAUAGCCACUUUAUAUAUUUGGCAUGCAUGUGUAUCUCAUGGAGCUGCACAUUUUGAGUGGUGAAUCUACAGUCACGGUAGUGGCUUUUAAUUAUUUGCUACUAAAAAUAUAGAUUUGCUACAGACAAUUAUUUUCAAGGGAAGUAAUUUAGAUAAUUAUAAAUCUCAUAUCAUAUAUUUCCUUACCAAGAAUUGAAGUUCUUUUCACAGUUACUGUACAGAUUUAUUAUUUUGAUUAUUUAUAACCCAAAUGAUUGAUUUGUCAAAGUUUUUUUUAAUGAUAUAAUUAUAAUUUCUUUGUUGUUCAUUACAUACCUGUGGACUUAUGUCCAUAGAUACAUGAUCAACUCUGGCUAUGAUCUCGUUUAAACCACAGGCCUUGGUUGACAGUGAUGUCUGACAUGGUCAUAAUUGACUGUGAGACCCUCCCCACCCCCCCACCAAUUGAACAAGCUUUCGCAGCCGAGCGUGGCACCCGUUAUGCGGUGCUCUUGUUUCUUAAGGUGCUUAUGCAAGUCUGAGGCUAAUGCCCAUCUUGUAAAUUGUAAAAAUAAUUAGAAUUGUAAAUCUGCCCCGUAUGUUAUUUAUCUUUUGAUGACCUUGCAUUAUCCCAGGUCCUGAGAUUCUGAGAUUGUUUGCUCAAUAGUUGUUUAUGGUAUCAUCAAUAUGACAUUCACAUACCAGCAGCCAUAUGGCAAAUGAACAACCAAGCAAAAAACCUUUUCCUGACAUCAGGUAUAUGUGUGUAUAUUUAAUUAACCAGUGAUGGUUUGUGAAGAGGAUUUAGUUUUGAAUCAGUGUGCCCCUUGCUCUUCAUUGUAAAUAGCACUUAAUUUCUACACCAUGAAAGGUGUGGUGUGUUCCUUUACCAUCCCCACCCCCCAAACACCUUAACAGAUAUUUGUUUCUUCAGUACAAAAGACGAAAAACUAUUUGACUGCAGACUUUGGUGAAAAGUGUGUUUUGAUUAAAUUCCACUUUAUUGAAUUGCUAUAUUUGUUUAAAAAGGUGAAAAAUCUAACUGGGAAAUACAUAGCCAAAAAGCUUUAAAUUAAAUGAGUACAAGCACAGUGAUUUUAUUAAGACCAUGUUAAAAAAGAAAUUGAGUUAUCACGAUUAAAUAAGCAGAUUGCAGUGUCUAUAAUGUUGUUGCAUUCAGACAGGAGACUUGCCUCUUGACUAGUUACCAGUAUAUUAAUGAAGUCAGUCAGUGCAAUUAUCAUGUACUUAGUGCUUACCUUUACUGGUAUUUUGUGAUUGACUUCUAGUUCUAAGAAACUGUUCUGUAUUUGAUCUUUAUUUUUUGACACAAGAGCCCAAGUUAUUAAGAGGGGUGAGCCGUAAAGUAUCCUAUUUGCUUAGCAAUUAUAUAUAAGAUACAAUACUGCGCUUCUUAAAUCUCGAUAUGCACCCUGUCAGCAAUAUUGUUAUAAAAACGGCAAACAAGAAACAUGCAUGCACUUGACAUUCUGAUGAAAUGUUUGUGUAUCCAGGUGUAUAAGAAAAUGUUAAGGAUACCCUGGAUUUGCAUGAUGCAAAAUGUCACCAGCUGAUUGAUGUGCCACACGUGUUUAAUUCUGCUACCUGUCACUGGUCCAACAUGUUAACAUUGUCAGAUAAUAGUGGCAUCCUUUGUGCUGGUAAUCCUAUGCAGCAUGCUAUGAAAUGCCACUGUGCUGCCAACUGUCUCAGAAAUGCUGUGAAAAUUGGGUAGUUGUAUUUGUUAUUUGUAAGUGAAAGUGUGCUUAUGAGGUCAUCAGAUUUUACUUACUCAAUAACUUUAUAGUUUAAUCAUUAAUUUUGCUGUUUUCCAGUAUAGCACAUGAUCAAAAAACAUCUUAAAAGCAUAAUGUCACGACAUCAUUCAACAACAUAAAAACUCACAUAUUUAGAUUCAAAGAAGAAAAACAAAACUAAUUACAGAUUUAUAUAAAAUUCCCAUUUCACUGAAUGUUGUUGUGUUGUUAGUUUUUCUUGUCAUUAAAACAGCAUUCACACAUGAUUUUGUUAUGCAUGAGUAAGGUUGAUCGUGAGAUCUUAUCCAAAUGUGAAAAAUGCAAUGCUUGUUGAGUCGGAAGUCACCAUAAAUUUGAUUGCAGGCAUUUAACUUUAUUGUUCAAAAAUAAUAUAUAAACAACAAUGCAUGACAUGUUUAUUUACAAAAGAUUUUCAUGUGUAUAUACCUGUAUUUGUAUUAUUCUUUCUUCAGAUCAAAAUGUUGUUUUUAUUUAUCCAGUAUUUCACUACCUCUAAGAUCUAUUUGUAUAUUAUGAAAAAAAUAUGAAACUCCUUGAUAACCUUUAUAUGAGCUUAUUUGCAUGUACCGUUGAAGUCAUUUUUCGUUGUUGUGUGUUCACCAAUAAACCCACGUGUAUCAGCAUACGUCAUUGACACACUUAGAAUGUUUAAUGUAAUUCUCAUAAUAAAUAGUCAUUAAUGAGUGUUAAUAUUUUGUUCAAAGAUAUUUACCAUCAAAAUCUCACAUAUAUUAAUAUCAAAAUAGUAUAUCAGUUUGCAUUGUAUAUUAAGACUAGUUAUGCUGUCUUUGAUAGCAAGCUGUAUGGAAUUUACUUUAAUAAUCAAAUUGUUCUUGCCAAUUUUAUUUUUCAUUUUAACCUUAAUUUAUUUCAUAGAAAGCUAGUCUUAAGUGUUCAUUUAUUUACUUGAAAUUCAGUUAUAUUUUUGGUUUUUACAUUGCUGGAAGAUUCGAAGUUUGUCACAAAUAUUAUACUUGAUUAUUCACAAUUGUAAAUUAUAUUUUUAUGCCCUUGAAAGAGGGCAUAUAGUGAUCGGACCAUCUGUCUGUCCGUCUUUCCGUCACACUUUGCGUUUAGGUUUCGCGUUUAGGUUUCGAAAAAUGCUCAUAACUUCUAUGUCCCUUCACAUAGCAACUUGAUAUUUGGCAUGCAUGUGUAUCUCAUGGAGCUGCACAUUUUGAGUGGUGAAAGGUCAAGGUCAUCCUUCAAGGUCAAAGGUAAAAAAACAACAUGUAUCAAAGCGGCGCAGUAGGGGGCAUUGUGUUUAUGACAAACACAUCUCUUGUUUAAACAUAUAAUUGCUGAACAUUAAACUAUAGAUGCCAUGAGCUUAAUCUUAAAAAUGCUUUAUUUUUACAGACUUGGUCUGUAGAGCUUCUUGCUGUUUUUGAAAUCCUAGCCCAUGUUUUGUCAAGUGAACAACAAUAACUAUGAUAAUUAUGGUGAAUGUUGUGUUUAUUUAUUUUUUACAGCAGACAUAAAAAAGAUCUAAGCUGCAUCAAAUGUUCAAUAAAAAAACAUGUGCCUAGUUUGGCUCUUAAAUGAAAUAAAAAGAAAAGCAAUAAAGUGUGUGGUUUACACAUUGAACUGUGACAUCAUUUCAGAAGAAGGGAGCAAUAAUAAUAGCAAUAUUAUGCAAUAAACAUCUCACUAAAUGGCAAACUGUGGUUACUUGUGCUCUAAAGCUUACUUAGAACUAUAGUUAAAGAUCCUAUCCUUAUAUUGGUGAAUCAUGACAUUACCACUAUUGGAAUUGCAUUAAUGUCAUAUAAUGUUACUUUUAUUGAGUGAAUGUUAAGCAUUUUUCUUCGGCUUUACUAUUACAGAAAAGGUUUCAGUAUUCAAAAAAAAUGUCUCUUGUUGUUUUUUUUAAAUUCUUAUUUAUUGUGCAUGAUACUCAUUAAAAAUGUGUUCCCAUUUUUAAAUCAGUUUGUACUAUAAAAAAUGUUUAACUUGUAUCAAAGGUUUGUAAUUCAUCUUAAAUGGUGUUAAUCGCUACAAUCUAAGAAUUGUGUUUGUCAAUUUAUUUUUAAGUUAAAUGUCACAAAUUCAUAUUGAUAUAGAAGCGUUGGUGAUAUGUGUUGACAAUUGUGUUUCACACAACUUGUAAUAUCAAGCAACAUCAAAAUGUACUAAUCGAUGAGUGAACAUUACACAUAAUGUACACAUUACUGUUUUCUUCUUAGAUUGUUUCUUGUAACUUAUUUAAGUGUACAUUUAAUUUAUUAUUUGAGCGCAUUAUUGCAUAUAAAACACUGUUGACAUGACUGAUAAAAAUCAAAAUCCUUACAGAUGGUCCAGAUUAUAAUUGAAUUGGUCAGGAUGCUUUGUCAGUUAUGACUUUGUAAUAACUGUAGAUAUGUACUUUGUCUUAUUUUGCAUUUAUUAUAUUUGAUUCUAUUUAAUGUUACAUUUAAUUCGUUGCAACACAUUGGGUAAACCUACUCUCCUGGUUUUGAAUAUGCAUCUUGCAUAAGAACUAUUUUUAGUGUGAUGCAACCCUGUAUAGUGAUGCAUGUGUAAAUAAAACAAAAUGUGUUUAAUAUUUUAUAAUAUUUUUAGCUCACCUGAGCACAAUGUGCUCAUGGUGAGCUUUUGUGAUCGCCUUUUGUCCAUCGUCCUUCUUGCGUCCCCGGCAUCAACAUUUGCCUUGUUAACACUCUAGAGGUCACAUUUAUUGUCCAAUCUUCAUGAACUUUGGUCAGAAGAUUGGUCUUAAUAAUAUCUUGGAUGAUUUCGAAAAUGGUUAAGUUUGCCUGAAAAACAUGGCUACUAAGGGGUGGGGCAUUUUUCCUAAUAUGGCUAUAUAUGGCUAUAGUAAAAUCUUGUUAACACUCUAGAGGCCACAUUUAUUGUCCGAUUUUCAUGAAACUUAGUCAGAAGAUUCAUCCCAAUAAUAUCUUGGACGAGUUUGAAAUGGUUUCGGUUGGUUGAAAAACAUGGCCCCCAGGGGGCGGGGCAUUUUUCCUUAUAUGGUUAUAGUAAAACCUGUUAACACUCUAGAGGCCACAUUUAUUUUCCGAUCUUCAUGAAACUUGGUCAGAAGAUUUUUUCCCAAACAUAUCUUGGAUGAGUUCAAAAAUGGUAACCUUUGCUUGAAAAACAUGGCUGCCAAGGGGCGGUGCAUUUUUCCUUAUAUGGCUAUAUAUGGCUAUAGUAAAAUCUUGUUUACACUCUAGAGGCCACAUUUAUAGUCCAAUCUUCAUAAAACUUGGUCGGAAGAUUCACCCCAAUAAUAUCUUGGACGAGUUCGAAAAUGAUGCUGGUUGGUUGAAAAACAUGACCGCCAGAGGGCGGGGCAUUUUUCCAUAUAUGGCUGUAGUAAAACCUUGUUAACACUCUAGAGGCCACAUUUAUUUUCCGAUCUUCACGAAACUUGGUCAGAAGAUUUGUCCCAAUGAUAUCUUGGAUGAGUUUGAAAAUGGUAACAUUUGCUUGAAAAACAUGGCUGAAAAGGGGCGGGAAUUUUUCCUUAUAUGGCUAUAGUAAAAUCUUGUUAACACUCUAGAGGCCACAUUUACUGUCCGAUUUUCAUGAAACUUGGUCAGAAGAUUCAUCCAAAUAAUAAUUUGGACGAGUUCAAAAAUAAUGCUGAUUGGUUGAAAACAUGGCUGCCAGGGGGCGGGGCAUUUUUCCUUAUAUGGCUAUAGUAAAACCUUGUUAACAUUCUAGAGACCAGAUUUAUUUUCCGAUCUUCAUGAAACUUAGAAGAUUUGUCCAAAUAAUAUCUUGUUAUCUCAGGUGAGCCACUUUGGGCCUUUCAGGCCCUCUUGUUUUAUUUUAAUGAGAUUAAAAUACGUACAUGUUAACUCAUUAUGUUUACCAUGUUAUCCAAUGAGCAAACCAUUCUUUUACUUUUUAUGUCCCCCACUAUAGUAGUGGGGGACAUAUUGUUUUUGCCCUGUCUGUUGGUUGGUUGGUUUGCGCCAACUUUAACAUUUGCAAUAACUUUUGCAAUAUUGAAGAUAGGAACUUGAUAUUUGGCAUGCAUAUGUAUCUCAUGGAGCUGCACAUUUUGAGUGGUGAAAGGUCAAGGUCGAGGUCAUCCUUCAAGGUCAAAGGUCAAAUAUAUGGGUCAAAAUGGCUCAUUUAAUGUACACUUUUGCAGUAUUUCAAUGUUCAAGAUAGCAACUUGAUAUUUGGCAUGCAUGUGUAUCUCAUGGAGCUGCACAAUUUGAGUGGUUAAAGUUCAAGGUCAAGGUCAUCCUUCAAGGUCAGAUGUCAAAUAUAAGUGGCCAAAAUCGCUCAUUUUAUGAGUACUUUUGCAAUAUUGAAGAUAGCAACUUGAUAUUUGGCAUGCAUGUGUAUCUCAUAGAGCUGCACAUUUUGAGUGGUGAAAGGUCAAGGUCAUCCUUCAAGGUCAGGGGUCAAAUAUAUGUGGCCCAAAUCGCAAAUUUUAUGAAUACUUUUUCAAUAUUGAAGAUAGCAACUUGAUAUUUGGCAUGCAUGUGUAUCUCAUGGAGCUGCACAUUUUUAGUGGUGAAAGGUCAAGGUCAUCCUUCAAGGUCAAAUAUAUGGGUCAAAAUUGCUCAUGUAAUAUCACUUCUGCAAUAUUGAAGCUAGCAAUUUUAUAUUUGAAAUGCAUGUGUAUCUCAUGGAGCUGCACAUUUUGAGUGGUGAAGAGUCAAGGUCAAGGCCAUCCUACAAGGUCAAACAUCAUAUAGGGGGACAUUGUGGUUCACAAACACAUCUUGUUUGUGUGUACUAUUUAUAUACAUGAGCUAUUUUUCACGUAUAAAAUGCAAGGUGUUACAUUUUGACACACUAUGUGCACAUUUUAACCAAUUGUUAUGCCGUUUUUAUUUUAUCAUAGUGGUUUUCUGUUGAUUUUUUAAGCCUGAGCACAACGUGGUCAUGGUGGGCUUUUGUGAUACCCUUUUGUCGGUCAGUCGUUGAGAGGUGCUUAUUAUGUGACUCCAACAUUUAUCUUGUGAACACUCUAGAGGCUGCAUUUAUUGCUCAAUCUGCAUGAAACUUGGUCAGAACAUUUUGUCCUAAUGAUUUCUGUACAAGUUUGAAAGUUGGUCACAUGAGGUCAACAACUAGGCUACUUGGUCAUGUAAAAGAAAAAGCUUUUGAACACGCUAGUGAUCACAUUUAUUGCCCAAUCUUUAUGAAACUUGGUCAGAACACAUAUAUCUCGAUUGAAUUUCGAAACUUAGUCACUUGGUUCAAGUACUAGGUCACUAUGUCAAACUAACGAAAAAGCUUGUGUCCACUAUAGAGGCCUCAUUAAUUGCCAAAUUGUUAUGAAAUUUGGUCAGAACUUUCUGUAACAAUGAUAUCUCAAACCGAGUUUGAAACUUGAAUGCAUUUCAUAAGGUUUCAAAAUAAACAAAUCAUUUGUUUAUUUUGAAAUCUUAUGAAAACUACCUUCAGAAUAGUGAAGUUCUGUGGGGUCACAGGUGAGCACUUUAGUUGAGAGAUAAUUGUUUGCAGUGUAUUGUUUUUACUAUAUCUUUAUAUAUAAAAAUGCAUGUUAUGAUAUAUUUAAUGUGAACAACAUUUUGAGGUAUGUUGCAAUGGAAUGUAAAAGCAAUAGGUACCACUGAUCAAUAUUACCUUUAUGAACACAAGUUGCAUCCCUUUCAUUUGUUCAAUUUCAUACAAGGGACACAACUGUUGUUAAAUUAUUGAACAAAAGUUGAGUCCCUUCUAGUGUGUACAAAUGGUAAACCAUGUUAUAAAGUGAAAAACUAUUUUAAGAUGUGUUAAGAAGUCAUAUUCUUAAAUGGAAAAAGUAUACUCAAAACUAUUUAUUUGAGCUAUUUCUGCAGGGUUUGUUAUUGUAAUUAUUAUUGUUAAAGAAUUGAUUAUGAAAAUUAUGUGUGUUUUUAUUGUGUAUAAUUUCAAUGACACUUUUAUGGAUAUAAUUAGACAAGUAGA